UGUCCUGCCUCGUACAAAGCACAGCAAUACAGUGUGUCGGCAUUUGAAGUUGUGUCGCCGCUCAAGAAAGAAGUGAAAAUCGUCGUUCGAUUCUUUUUAUCCAUAUAUGCAUUAAACAGUAUCAUGCAACAAGGAAUUCGUUUACUGAAAGCUGAGGACGCUUGUAUUGACUUUGAGGGUUCGGAGAUGGUAUCCCACUUCGAAGAGGUUUCCGCGCCACCAUUACCCCGCGACAUCGACGACAAACUCGCCAAAGCCACCCUACAGGUCCUGGAGACUGGGCGCCUCACGCCUCUCAUCAAAGAGGAGUUGAAGUGUAAAAUACAAGCCCGACGUCAUAGUCUUGGACAAGAGGAAUAUAAUGUGGAGUUUAAAAAACCAAAGUCCUAUUCACUCACGCCAGAGGAAGAAGAGAGAGCAAAACACCGGAAGGAACGAAACCGCCUCGCGGCCCAGCGCUUCCGGCGGAAGCGGAAGGAGGAAUAUAACAGCGUGGAUAAGGAGGUUGAGCGCUUGAAAAAAGCCAAUGCCGAACUGCAGGCGGAAUUUGACUCCCUGACUGUGGAGAAAGAACAACUUCUGUUUGCUCUCUCACAGAUCCGGACCCUCCGGGCCCAUCCUGCCGGGUGUUUCUCGCUGAGACACCGGGUAUCAUGGAAGAGAGUGUCACACUGACAGUGCAAACGCUUGCCGAGGCUGGGGCUCCGCCCACUCGGGCCUAACAAGGUCGUGUACAGAACUGAUCAAGGGUACUGGGAACUUGUAGUAAGUGUAGACCAAACUGUACAGGUAGCAGAAUUGUCAUGGUUACCAACAAUAGCCAAUCAGGGAACAGCAUGUGAGAACAAAAUCAUAAAUCGGUAAUCAUUGUCACUGUAGUUGUAAUUGGUUCUACUUUUUACAAGUUAUAAAGUGAUUUCAACUCAAGUCUCACGUGGCUGACUCAGAUGAGUGGGAGCAUCAUAAAGUAAUGGUGUCAAAAUUGUUCAAGCUGAAAACUGCCUUUGCUUCGAGCGCAUGAGUGCUCGAUCAUGUCAAUCUCUACGGGUAAUUAGUUUUAUAGGGUAUGACGUUUAGCACAAAUUUUCAGUGUAGGUGCCAUUCACUUGAAAUGACGUCACGACGCAUUGUCAGAAAACUGACAAUAAUGGAAGACUGUACACCAAACCAUGGUGCUUCACCUCUCCACCAAGGCCAUGCAUUUUCAGUACUUCAGCAAGUACUUGCGACACUGUCCGUCGGUCAGGUUUGUGAAAAGCCUUCACAUGCUGUUUCUUGAAGUAGCUAGUCUCCACUGAUGACAUGUAGUAUACUUGUUUUGUAUGAUUUGAUGAUGUACAUUCAACAGGGUCACAAACAAUGUUUCAUGUUUCAUGUACUAUAUGUACUGAGUUGUGCAUGUUGCCAUGGUGAUGUGUCUCGGUUACUUCCCCUUGUCUCAACGUGACCCAUGUCCAAUCAGAUCUGUUACUGAGAAACCCUCAGUUUUGUAUCUUCAAGGACAGAACCCAGUAAUGAUCGCACACAUAUGCUGAAUCACGUUCAUUUUUAUGAAGAUUUAUAACAAAAUCACUUUUUUCAUUGUCUGGCUUGCCACAGUUUGCUAAAAGUUUAAACUGUUAUUAUCAUUUCCUUCACGUAUUAAGCCCCGAUGUUAUAUCUUGUCACUUUUGUACAAAAGUCUGAUGAUUUAAAAAUACCGUUUGACCUCGACAUGAAUAUACAUUUGGCAUCAACCAUUCCAUUGUAGGGGUUGAAUUUUCUCCCUGCACAGAUAAUGAUAUCACCCUUAUAAUUGUCUUCUUCAUCACACAUUGAUUUACCAGAAUAAAGGACAUCAGAUGUUCUCUCAACCACAGGCAAACUGUAGCGCAAAUAGGGUUGCGCAUCAGAGAGAAAAUGACCAGUCUUCUUAUAUGCUCGCUCGUCUAAAAGAAAACUGGUCAUUUUCUCUCUGUUGCGCAACACCAUUUGCGCUACAGUUUGCCUGUGUCUCAACAUACAAUGAAAGAGUCGCACCUCCACGGUGUAUCCUAAACUCUUUCGUCUUCAUCACAUCGGGCCUUAACUGACUCGCCCUAAUAUUCAAAAUACUUUUCAAGGUUUCAUAAUCGUUUCGGUCAGAGUCGUCAAACAGGACAUUCACACACCUCUACCUGGCCUACCUUCGCAAAACCUUAUGGCGCAAUACCCGCACUAUUUUCUCACCCAUACCUACACUCACUAGGAUGGUAUUAUUCGCGAAUGUCCCUUGACAGUGAAUGUUCUUCCUACCGUUGUUGAUACUACUACACGAUUGUUUUCAUCCACUGAACUUAAAACACUCCAGUAAUGUGUCUAAAGUACAAUAGUUAGCACAAGAUAAUAGUUUUAAACCGUUUCCAAAGAGUUCCGUAUACAGAGGGCCCUGUUAUUCCAGACAACUGCAAAGCAAACACUCUGGAUUAACGUACCAAGCUAGUCAAAUAUCAUUUGUUUUCAUAUCAGAUUAAUUUUCUCUCAUGCAUUUUUAGUUGCACACCAUUUUUGCUAAUUUUAGUUUAGUUUUCUAAGUAAAUUUACUUGACGGGCACAACCGUUCCCCACCCUGUAGUUUGACUCAAGUAGAACAUCAGCUUCAUACAAUCACAGCAAUGUAUAUAUCUUCUCAUUUGCAAUAUAUUCCCAUUUAAUCGAGAUUAUGAGACUAGGCCAUUUUGUAUCAUGUUUCGUAUAUUGGCUCAUGCAGUUUGCAAAAGUACAACUUUUCAGUUGGACUUCUCUAUGUAUGUAUUUUCUGGUAAAGCUAAAAUCGAAAACCAUCAUAUUUCACCCAAUUCAACACUUUUCAUAUUUUCACUUUGACUUCAAACAAGAAAUACUUUAGGCUGGCCCAGUAGACCAUGUUUGAAAAGCAUCUUGCCGAUGACGAUUAUGACAGGCUAAAUGCAUGUUGUUUUCUUUGUUCAUGUAUACCACUCAAAACAAAUUAAGAACACCAGCGAUUGUGUUACAACUGCCUACAGCCAUGGCAGAUUGACAAUAGUCGUAUGUAAAAUCGGGUGUGCAUAACCUCUUUUGACAAGUAUACAAGGAGACGUUUUGAGACCAUUCCUGAUCCUUUACCGAUUGAAUUUCUACUAAGACUAUAACGAUAAAUCCCGAAAUCUUUUCCUGUUGAGUUUUUAGCUGUAAUUGCAAUACAACCUUAGAGAUGAAUAAGUAGGUUUGCUGUAGAAUGUUCGCAAUAUUUUAUGUAGCUGCCAUGCCAGUUUAUCCUAGAUUUCUUUGUGAAUGUAAUAACCUCCCUUGUUCAACUUCCGGCAUAGCCUCGUCUUGCUUCAAGACGUCACUUCCGACAAAUGUAGAUUUGAUUUACAGCUAUUUUAGCGUCGAAUUUGUGUCAUUCCAAAACGAGGCUAUGCCAUGGUUCCAGGGAGUUUAGUAUGGUGGCCGAUACACUGGAUAAACGAGGGUGAGCAUCAGAGUGGGAUAUUUCCUGUUGUUGUCUCACGCCCUUGCAACGAGGCAACUUACCAGUAGGACACAAAUCUGAUGACCAUUGUUAGCGUCCCCGUUUAUCCAGUUUAUGAUGAUAUAUCGCACAGAAUGACUACUGUACGCUGGAUAAUCGAGUGCAUUGAUAAUUUCAUGUUGUCAUUCCGGAUUUUAGACUGUAGGUGUUUUUUCUCGCAUUGUGCCGCCAGUAAUAUGUAUUACGUGUAUUCUGUCCAGCUGGAGCAUGUGAUAAGCUAUCAAGAUAGGUGAAAAAAUGACACAUUUGACCCCUCCCAAACCCUGAUGAUCACAUACCUCAGGGAAAUCCAGCUUUUACCUGAAAUAAUAUCCAUUAUGUCAAAAGGGUGAUAUGCCAUGUACAAGAGGGUGCGAUAAUAUGUACAAGAGGGUGAGGUGUUCUGUACAAGAGGAUGAGAUUUUGUGUACAAGAGGGUGAGAUGCUAUGAACAAAAGGGUGAGGUAUUAAGUAAAAGCGGGUGAGGAGUUAUGUACAAGAGGAUGAGAUUUUAUAUACAAGAGGGCGAGAUGCUAUAUACAAGGUGGUGAGGUGUUAUGUACAAGAGGGUGAGAUGUUAUGUACAAGAGGAUGAGAUUUUAUGUACAAGAGGGCGAGAUGCUAUAUACAAGAUGGUGAGGUUUAUGUACAAGAGGGUGAGAUGUUAUAUACACGAGGAUGAGAUGUUAUGAGCAAAAGGGUGACAUGUUACGAACAAGAGGGCAAGAUGCUAUGUACAAGAGGGCGAGAUGCUAUGUACAAGAGGGCGAGAUGCUAUGUACAAGAGGGCGAGAUGUAAUGUACAAGAGGGCAAGAUGCUAUGUACAAGAGGGCGAGAUGCUAUGUACAAGAGGGCAAGGUUUUAUGUAAAAGGGGGUGAGAUGCUAUGUACAAGAGGGCGAGAUGUAAUGUACAAGAGGGUGAGGUGUUAUGAACAAAAUGGCGAUAUGUUAUGUACAAGAGGGCGAUAAGUCAUGCACAAUAAGGUGGGAUGGAAGGUUAAAAGCUGCAUUUUCAUACUUGCACCUGUCUCAGACAAUGCCGUGUGUCUAUUAAAUGUUCUUUGGGGUAAGUUUUAAAACAAGGGCUGGGCCAGAAACCUUCCCUUCACUUCAAAGUCAAAGUACACUGCAUGACACUGGGACCAGAAAUGUAUUUAACUCUGGUCUCUAGGUGGUGAAAAUCUGGUCUCGGUACCCUUGUUCAUGAUAUCCCCUGCUGUGCGUGAUCGUUGAUAUGUUCUCCAAAGUAUUUCAGUCCAUUCGUUAAUGACAUUGCAUAACUUGACUUUCUUCCCGUGUGGUGUGAAGUGUACCCAUCAGAAAGUGUAUAUCAUGCGAUAUGCUUCACGCUUGUCAGGCUGCUGUGCCAUUUUUUUCAAACGCUCAAACCAUUCCUGUAUUUUCAGUUUUGUUAUUCUCCCAUACCAAAGCUUUAAGAAAUGUGUUCAUCCCGACUCAUUCAAUACCAUAAAUCAUUGAUAUCCUUCAUCAUGUGUUUACUACAUUGUCACACACGGUACAACUUAAGUUUUGUAAGAUUUCGGUUGAGUUUCGUUUUAUACCUUCCAACAUUAACUGUAAGGUAUUUCCUUAUGUUCUUACACCGUUUUAGUACUUCUGUGUUGUUGUUUUUUUGUAUACUGAAGUCAACGUGCAUGCGGAACACAUGCAUUAGUGUUGUGUUACUUCCUGUUGUUGAUACAAUGCACGAUCAGGGCCCAUUGCCAAAUAUCUUCACCAGUAUGUAUAACAGUAGCCAUGAUUUGAUUGACAGGUGUUUGUUUGUGCCGCUACGUGUCGGCCUCUGUUGUUACAUAGUGUACAGUCCGUUUGAGUCAGAAACGGACCGAUGAAUUGCAAAUUUUAUCAUUGUACAAAAUUGCCACAUAAAUAUAAAUAGUACACAUGUUUAUCAUUUACUAA